AUGUCGAAGUGAUGACAUGGUGGGUCCUCCGGGGUGAAAUUCCGGAUUUCCCUUGGUCUUCUGGUAGGAGCUGUGAUCAAUUGUACUGACGACACAGGAGCCAAAAUUCUGUAUAUCAUCUCUGUGAAGGGGAUCAAGGGACGACUGAACAGACUUCCUGCUGCUGGUGUGGGUGACAUGGUGAUGGCCACAGUCAAAAAAGGCAAACCAGAGCUCAGAAAGAAGGUACAUCCAGUGAGGGUAAUUCAACAACAAAAGUCAUACCGGAGAAAAGAUGGCGUGUUUCUUUAUUUUGAAGAUAAUGCGGGGAUCAUAGUAAACAAUAAAGGCGAGAUGAAAGGUUCUGCCAUCACAGGGCCAGUUGCAAAGGAGUGUGCAGAUUUGUGGCCCAGGAUUACAUCAAAUGCUGGCAGUAUUGCAUGA